AUGAAUUAUUUCUACAGAAUAUCAAUAUUAUUAUUUUAUUUUCAUGCGCAAUCUCACAUAAAUAAAUGUAUAAAAAAAAUAUCACUAUCUGAAGAAUUUGCAAAACAUGCAUUAAAAUCAAAUAGUACAGAUGAUAUUCAUGAUAAUGAAAGUACAACAGAAGUCGUAGAAGAUACAGACCAUUCUUCUGAAAGUCCUAAAAGUGAGGAAUUAAAAGAAAUGGGAGCCGUUGGAGGAUGUGAAAAAGAAUCAACGGAUGAAAUAGAAUCUAACCAGGUUGAAAAUACAUUUAAAAAAAAGAAUAAUAUUAGAAAAAAUAAAAAACGUUCUAAAAAACGCGUAGAGAACAAACAAAAAGAGGAUGAGAUACCAAGUAGAAAGUUAAUUAAAGAUGUAUUACGCUUACAAAAGAUACCACAAGAAAAUUCUUUAUCAGUAAAUAAAGAAGAAUUAAAAGAGUUUGAAGUAGUAAUUACAGCAUUAAAUAAAGUAAAUGAAAAUCUUAAUAAUUCAUUCAUUGAGAAGUUUUUAGCAUUUGGGAUUAGAAAAGAGCAUGCUAAAGGCCUGAAUGAAGAAUUUCCGAUAUAUUUGGGUUCUAAAAUUAAUUUUACAAAUAUGGAAAAACCUUUUGGAACAGAGUUUAAAAAUUUAAAUGCUGCUAAUAAAUUAGAAUUAAAUGACACAUUAUUCUUUGAUAAUUUUAUGAGUAUUAAUUUAUAUAAAUUUUUAAAUGAAACAUAUGUAGGAAAUUUACCUCUUGAAAAAGUUCCUAUAAUGUAUUAUAUGAAAAAUAUUAAUUAUCUACCAUACAAUAUUCAAAUUUUGUCUUUUCUCAAUUCAAAGUGCACUUUACAAAAUAUUUUAUCGAAAAUUCCUACCCUUAUUACUUUGUAUUUGGAAAGUGAUAAUCCUGAAAUUUGUGACUUUAAUGAACGUGAUUCCAGUUUAAUACAUAAAGAAAAUGUUAGAAUUAUUAAUUUUUUAGAGAGAUUAAGGGCAAAUAAAAGAUUUAGAUAUUUCACUGAAGAUGAAUAUGCUAAAUUAAAUCGAAUUAUUUCAUAUGCUGAAAGAAAUAUAAAUCUUAUGCAGAGAAUUACAAUUGGUUAUAAUGUUAAAAUUGAUGUGAUUAAUGACGGAAUUUCAAACUUUCUUAAUAAAAUAAGUUUAGAUGACAAACUUCUAAGUAGAGAUAAUAUUAUAAUUUCAUGUAUAUUUUAUAUACUUAGUUAUUGCAUAGAAUUUGCUAAACCAUUAUAUGAAAAAAUUCUAAAAAGGAAAAGAUACACAUAUGAAGAAUUAUUUUUUAUAUCUAGUAAUUUAAACAUGUAUAUAAAUAUUCUAGAAUUUCUAGAACACAAUUCAAAGUUAUGUAAUGACUUCCAUAAUCAUUUUAGAGAUUUAGAAGCAUAUUAUCCUCGCGUAAAAUCAGGAGAAACUCUUCUAUUCUUUUAUAAUUACAUUAUGAUCAAAAUCAAUAUAAUGAGCAUCAUUUAUAAUAUAAAUAAAUUAUUUUUAAGGAUUACUUUUUGCGAACGAAUGGUAGAGAAAUACAAGAAACAUAAUUAUUCUGAAUAUGGUGAUAUAAUGAAUGAAUUGCAAUAUAUAUUAAAUACUUCAGUUCAUCUAAUCACAUAA